AUGCCGGCCGCGAUGUUUAUGGCCAUAUCGUUGGCCUCAGUGGUCAUACAGGGGAUGUGUCAUUUAGUUAGCAUAUGUUUGCCCCGACACACGGCCUUCGCAGCCAUAAUCAUAGCCGUGUUUUGUAUUGUCACGAGCGAUAUUUUUAUACGCAUUAGUCGAUUGUCACACACAGUACAACAUAUGCUCAAUAUAUUGCCCUUCAAACCCGUAUUUAACUAUUUGAUGGUCUAUUUGUACGGUCGCGGCCGCUGUCUUACCGCGGUGAUUGUAAUCUACAUUUUAUAUACCCUGUUCAUCGAGAAUGACGACCAGGAUCGAUUGAAACCCAUCUUUGAAGACGUCGACCGGCCGUAUAAUCGCAAUGUUAUCGACGGUCAGUACCCGAAGGGUUGGUAUAUAGUGUGCGCUUCAGACGAGGUGCCGAUGGGUGGCGUCAAACCGUUUAGCAUUUGCGGUCAGGAAUAUCUGGUUUUCAGGGGCUAUUCGGGUGUGCCGUCCGUAUUGACCGCCUAUUGUCCCCAUUUGGGCGCCAAUAUUGGU